AUGAUCAAAGAAGGUGUUCUUGAAAAAGUGGAGGCCAUUUUUGGUCUACAUUUAGUCCUCUCCUCGGAUUCUGGUGUCGUUGCAUCUAGAUCCGAUGACUUCUUGGCGGGGUGUGGCUUUUUCAGGGCGGUGAUCCAUGCAAAAGGAGGCCAUGCCGUCAUUCCUCAAGAUUCCGUAAUUGAUCCAAUUUUGGUUGUCAGCUAUACUUCAAUCAAGAACAAUAAAAAGAAAAUAGAAGAAGAAGAAGGAACGGCCUGGGAUAUUCAAGAAAAAACCACCGAGCCCCCUCCACUGUUACAGAUCGCUGCUGCUGGUUCGUCCCUUUUGUUGCUUCGGUUCGUCGAACCCAAGGGACAGCCCCCUCCAUUUUGCGAUCGAUUAGCCACCAUCGAGAAUCGACACAACUUCCUGCUUCAUUCUUCUUCUUCUUCUGUUCGGACUCAUCAACUCCGGAGACCAUCAGACUCCUCCUGUCGAACACCAAGCAACACAAACACCACCAUAUUUGCGACUUGUUUGGGUUUCUGGUAG